CUCAUUCGACUGUGUUUUUGAAUAAGACAUGAACAAAGUUCUUUAGAUCCCCGUUAUAAAGGACUUCUUGCUUUUAUCCACAACUAUUACACUUCCUUAUUAGAUGCGUUUUGAGCGCUUGACGAAGUUUUAAGCGUUACCCAACGGUCUCUUUUAAAUUGGUAAUUCCCUCAGAUUGUUUAUAAACUGUGGAUUGAUAGCUAGCCGUUCGAGCUAGCUGGCUAUGUGUAUUUCCUGAUAUUGCAUUCAACAGAACAGCAUUUGCUGCAGUUAUAUCCUGUAAAUGGGGAACAACGCUCUCAAAGCUCAUUUAGAAACCUCUCAGAAGACUGGAGUCUUUCAGCUGACUGGAAAGGGUUUGACGGAGUUUCCAGAGGAACUACAAAAGCUCACUGGAAACCUGCGCACAGUCGAUCUGUCCGGCAACAAAAUCGAGGUCCUUCCUGACUUCAUAGGAGGCUUCCAGCAUCUUAAGAGUCUCACCAUCAGCAGCAAUAAGCUGUCCAUUAUUCCAAAUGAAAUCGGAAAACUCAAGAAGCUGGAAACUCUCAUUUUAAAUGGAAACCAGUUGAAGCAGCUUUCUGCAGGUGUGGGUCAGCUGAAGGCCCUGCGGACCCUUAGCCUGUCAGGGAAUCACUUUAAAGAGUUUCCCAGUGGACUCGGCUCCCUUCGUCAGCUUGAUGUCUUGGACCUGUCCAAAAACAAAAUCCAGGCUGUUCCAGCAGAAGUGGCCGAACUGCAGGCCAUUGAAAUCAACCUCAAUCAGAACCAGAUUUCGAGCCUGUCUCCAGUGGUGUCUCGUGCUCCCAGACUGAAGGUCUUGCGUCUGGAGGAGAACUGUCUGGAACUUUCCUCUAUCCCUCCUUCUAUCCUAACAGACUCCCAGGUGUCUCUGCUCUCUGUGGAAGGCAACUUGUUUGAAGUUAAAAUGUUGCGUGACCUGGAAGGAUAUGAUAAGUACAUGGAACGCUUCACUGCAACCAAGAAGAAAUUUGCGUGAAGUGCAGGAGUAUUCAUCUAGUGCCAGGCUGCCUUCUGCGCUGGCACCGGCUUCACCAGACGGUUCAGCAGGAGAGUAAUGGAAACUAUAGUCUGGAUUGCUAGAACGACAACUCGGAGACCCCAGACCUGCUGCUUAUUAACAUUACACUACAGAGAGCAUCUGUAUUGUUAUGAAUUAUUCUAUGGACUGUGCAUUACACUUUCUUUUGCAAAGAUGUUAUGAACACAAAUGCAGCGCUGACUCAAUGUCCUGAAUAUAUUUACACUGGACACUGGUUUAUUGCAUAUUCAAACACACUAAUGCCAGGUCUAUUUAUAGAAGGUCUGUCCUUCAGUAUACCAUAUUGUAUGUACUGUACUCUUCAAACUAUGUUCUAUUGCCUAGCAUUUAAUUACCUUUUUAAUGCUUUAGAGUUAGCCGCCGUUUUGGCCAGUGAAUAUAUGGCUUUUUAUUUAUUUGCACACUAAUGUUUCUGUAAUUUUCUUUUUAUAAGAACAUCCAUGAGAAGUUAUUUGCUCAAGACUGCUGGGAGAUAAUGUGUGGUGUAACAGUAUUGCAGCAAAAUUUCCGUUACAAAUCAUUUGCUUUUACUCUAAAAUGAAUGCCUACUUGAAUGCAGUCAAUGUGAUUAUAUAUAUUUAUAUGAAUCACACAAUUAAAAUCAUUAUGUAUAGUUCUGCAAAAUCUAACUAUUUCUUGACGUGGCUGUCUACCAUGUUUAUCUACUGCUUACACAUUUGAAUGUCACCUGUUGUCUUUCGUGAACCUUGUGAUUCUUGCAGUCAAUCUAUGCAAUUUAUAUUUCAAACAUCUGACGAUUGUUUUUCUAUAAGAUGUAAAGUCAGCAUCAGUAACAUUUACCGAAAAGCAUCUGAAUCACACCAUCCUGCAAUUUAUAAAAUAAACUAGUGUUUAAAAUAAACAUUUUUUUUGCUUCUCAAUGUACUGAACACCUAUAUUACUGCUUUGUGCUACAACAUUUACCUGCAAAAUAAAGCUUACUUUGUACUAGAAUUGUCAUCUAAA